AUGAAAAUACCUCACUUUCUCAUAGUGACCCAGUUGACAGGAUUCUCUGAACCAGUGUAUGCUGACAUAGUGUUAGAUGUCCUCAUUGUCAACCAGACUUCUGACACUCUCCAGAAUCUGACACUGGAACUGCGGUGUGUUUUUAAAUUGGAACUGGCAACACUUGGUGAUCUUAAACUGGUUGAAAAACCACAGCCGGUGACUAUGGGUGCACAUGAUUUCUGCAACAUCAAAGCCAACGUUAAAGUAGCCUCCACUGAAAAUGGAAUCAUCUUUGGAAACAUUGUAUAUGAUGUGAGUGGAGCAGCAAGUGACCGUAACUGUGUAGUGCUGAAUGACAUCCAUAUAGACAUUAUGGACUACAUAGUGCCUGCCUCAUGCACAGACACAGAAUUCAGACAGAUGUGGGCUGAGUUUGAGUGGGAAAACAAAGUCAGCGUCAACACUAAUAUAUCUGAUUUGAAAGAGUAUCUGGAACACUUGAUCAGCUCAACCAACAUGAAAUGUCUCACACCUGAAAAGGCUUUGGAUGGAGAGUGUGGUUUCAUGGCUGCUAAUAUGUAUGCUAAAUCUAUAUUUGGAGAGAGUGCUCUUGCCAACAUCAGUGUUGAGAAACCAGCUCAGCCUGAUGCCCCAGUGACUGGACACAUACGAAUCAGAGCAAAAAGUCAGGGUAUGGCAUUGAGUUUAGGAGAUAAAAUCAACCUUUCACAGAAAAAGCAGCUCAAACCUCAAGGGAUGUAGAGCAAGAUUGAACUAGAAAUUUAGCUCUUGAUAGACUUUGCUACUGAAACCUUAUAACAUGCAUUAUCUUCAGUUUAAUAAAGACAUUGAGUUGAUUAAGAUUAAGACUAAAAUGAGUCAAGUUAUAUCCUUAUUAUGGUUUAUGAGUGAUUAAUUGUGAUGUCUCUGGUGUAAGAAAAAAACAAUCUGUAACACAUAUAUACAUAUGAAUUAGAUGGUUUGUAUUGAAUGCUUUGUAUUACAUUAUCGGUGUUAGCCUGUAGAUAAUUACUGAACUUUAAAUAGGGACUGGGAACUCAAAUUAUAAUUACUGUUGUGUAUGAAUGUGUUUAACUUUAAAAAAUGUUUAUCAUCUGGACUGGAAAUUGUUUAUAGACAAAAACUAUGAUUACAAAAAAUUAAAUGUUCAUUUUUAAGACUGAUGGAGUUACAUUUUCUUUAGUUAUUAUUAUUAUUACUAUUAUAUGGUUAUGAGCAGAUUUAAGGAGAUGUAGGACAACCAUCUACUUUUUAAAAGAAAAUAAAUUUCUUGAAUGUGGAAAGGCAGAGUGUGUGAUACAAGGAGGUAAAAUUGAGUAUAACAUUUCUGUAAAAUGACAUUUCAUGUGGAUGCUUAAUAUUUGUGCUAUUUUAUUGUCUUCUGUCAACAGGAUAUAUUUUUCUGAGCAGUCCCUUUCUGAUAUAAAAUUUGAAGUGAUACUGAAAUAAUGAACUCUGCAAAAUUCAUCCACUGAAAAGGAAGUUUGGGACAGUAUUCCAGGAGUUCCAUGUGAAAAUAUAACAUUAAACAGAAUUUUGGAAGACUACAGUAUAUACAAACAGAAAAAAACAACUAUCAUGGAACUUGAUCAUGCUAUUCAUCAAUUAAAUAUUUUAUCCAUUUG